AAACGUUUCUCUCUAAACUAUGAUAUCAAUAUUUAUGCAUAUUGAUCAAUUCAUUUAUGUACAUGGUUUAUUCCAUAUAGAAUGUUAUGAAAAAUGACUAUAAUAUUCAUUUGAUUAUAAGAAACUUUGAGCAUAACAACAAGUCACAUAUACAAUUUGGAUUUUUUGAUAAAUUAUACUCCAUUUUUAAACAAAAUAAAAAAAAGACUCUAACUCAAAUAAACAUCCUACUUUUAUCAUUGAAAUGUAAUAUAAGUAUAUAAAUAUAUACAAAUAGAUUGUAUUCUUUAAAUGAUCAUUUAAUUACAUUAAUAAUAAUAAUAAUGAAUAAACAAUCAUUGAAUACAAUUACACCAUUAUUAUGUAUCACAAUACAUAUAGAAAAUUAUAUUGAAUUAUAUAUACAUGAUGAUUAUUCAUUACCAAUAUUACAAUAUCGUUAUGAACAAUAUUAUAAUAAACCAUGGAAACAACCAAAAAAAUGUAUUAAAACAAAAUUAAUAUUAACUUAUACAUCAUUAAUAUUAAAAAAUGGUUCAUGGUGGCCAUAUCGUUAUGAAAAUGUAAUUCAAUAUAAAACAAUACAAAAAAUUAUUCUAUUUAAUCAACAUAAAUUACAAUUAGCUAUUGGUUUAUAUGAUGAUGAUUAUAUUGAAAAACAAUUUUUAAUUAUAACAACAAAAAAUAUUACUGAUAUUGAUAAAUUAAUUCAAUUAAUUGAUACACAAUUAUUAAUAUGGAAAUAUACAUUCAAUAAACAAAUCGAUUAUUAUCCUUAUCAAUUAUAUAAAAAAAAAUUAAUAACCAAUAAUAAAUUACAAUUAAUACCAUUAAAGAAUAAAGCAUUAAAUAGAAAAGGUUUAAUUGAUAAAAACCAAAUGGUUCCAAUGACAAAUCAUGUAAUUGGAUUGAAUUCAUUAAGAAAUACUUCAUUUAAUCAAUUGAAUGAAAAGAUUAUUGAUAAAUCGAAUGGUAUAUUAGAAAUUAAUUAUAAUAAUCCACAAUCAAAUCAUCAUUAUAAUGAGCAUAAAUCAAUACUACAUACGUAUAAUAAUAUGAAUGAUCAUGAUUUAUAUAAUGAUAAAAGAAUAAUUGAACCAAUUCCAAGUACUUCAAAUAUUAAUCAUCAUAAUAAACAUCGAAAAGAACAUAAUAUCAAAAAAGAAAAAGAAGAAAAUAAAAAAAUAAAAAAUAAAUUAUGUCAAACAGAUUCUUAUUAUAUUGAGAAUAAUAAUAUCAAAUCAUGGGAAGUUGAUAUUAAACAUGUACGUUAUGAUCCUAUACAAGGAAAUGUAUUAGAUGAUAAUGGUUCAGUUUAUUUAUAUUCUGCACAUGAAAUUGACUAAUAUAUAUAUAUAUUCAUAAUCAAUGAUCUAUUAAGGAUUAAAAAAGGGUUUUAAUGAAUUAUUUGAUUUUCCAAUAUAAUCAAUGGAAUAUUGAUUUGUUCAUGUUUUAUUUUAUAAACAUUUAUUUACUUUUAAGUGUUAUGCUAUUUUCUUAUUAAAAAAAACAACUAUUGAGCUGUAAUCCAUAUUUAUCAUUAAUGAGUUGUAAUAAUAAAAUUGAGAUCAACUAUUCUAUAUGUUGCUAAGGCAAAUUUAAUAAGAACAACUAUUGAAAUGUUUUAUGCUGGCUUAGUACUGAAAUAAUUGCAGUUUCCAGCACAAGAUAAAUCAUGUUCAAUUUUCUCAGAAUUUGAAUAUGAUCUCAUCUUAUACAUACAAGUAUGUAUACACAUUGAAAUGACUAGCAAAAUAAUAACAUGAACUAAAAGAAAAUGAAAUCUUUCCUUCUUUUUUCUUUUAAGAAAAACAAAACUGGUUUGGAAUAUUCUUUCUGUUGGUUGUUUUGUCUACUUGAAAAAUAAUAUUCCUCUAAUGAUUGUAUCAUUUACACAAUUAUUUCCGGAGAUUUUUAUUGAUUUGUUUGUUUCUAUGUUGUUGUUUGAAUUUUAUUCAAAGUGGGAAAAAGCAUUUAUUGUUAGUAUAAUCAAGGGGGAGGGGAGGAGAAUAAAAGGUUUCUAUGAAUUACUAAUGUUUUGAGAGAGAAAAAAAUGUAUAAAUCAAUGAAUGAUAAUAGUUCAUAGAUUGUGUGUGAUAUUGUGCUUGAAUAUGGGAACAUAAUGUUUUCUUUUUAGAUCAUAAAUUUAUUCUGAAAUGUUAGUUAGUAUAUGGUCUAUUACAAUUUUGAAGCCAUUUAUCAUGAUAACAUUAGGAUAAGUUAGUUUUCCUGUACAAAAUAUGUAAUUUUAAAUUACUUUAACUGAAUUAUUAUCAUUCACCAAUAAAGAUGGUAUGACUUGUAGGCAAAAUUUACAUACAAAUGAGUUACCAUUAAUAUCUUUGAUUUUUACUGAAUAAAUUCCAGAAUCUUUUGAUGCUUUCACCGAUGGAAGGAUGCAUAUACUGGUUUGAGCAGAUUUAUCAAAAUCACAAUAAUUAGGAUCCAACGGAGCAUCGUUGCGAAACCAAAAAACU